GAGCUCUCAGAAACUGAGGCAGCUGGACACGACAGCCGUGACAGGUCACAUCAACAACUUGUCAUCAGAGUAUCGAGCGAGGUGACUUCCUUGUAAUUGGUUAUUUGGUUCACCUUUUGGACGAAAUUCUCAAUUGCUGCUGUUUCUUCUGGGUUGGAGAAACUGAGAAUAUUUUGCUUUGCCCCAAUCAACUUGCGGAGAAAGCGCAGCUGAGAUUGUCUGUGGAAGCAAAACAACGUUGGUUUUUAGACUAGCUUUCACUCUGGUUUGCUAAAUUAAUAAAGGUUAUAAUUACUUGGUAAAUAACGUGCUGGCAAAGUGGUCGUAUUUGCUGGCAGUGAAAAUUGUAGAAAAAUUAACGUGCUAUAGUCAAUAAAUUUUCAGUAAGUAAUUUCCGUCUAAAUGGCGCAAUAAGGAAGAAACCAACGCAAGAUGACAAAGACGUUCAUUCCGGUGCCGCUUAUCGGGUCAGCCUCAGGUGGAAAUAAGGGGGCAUUCCAUUGGUCUUAUGACAAGUUGGCAUGUUUAGCCAAUGACACAGAAGUCUUUAUAGUGGACACGGUGACGUUGGAAGUUGUUCAAGUGCUUACCGGUCACACAAGCACCAUCAGUCAUGUUUUGUGGCUACCAGCUGGGAGGCAAUUUGUCAGUGCCGAAUCCAAAUUAUCUAAUCGGGAUAUUGUCAGUGCUGACUCAACUGGUCAAGUCAUUGUGUGGGAUGCUCUGAAAGGUCAACAAGUUGGAACAUUUAGUCAUCCAGAUGGCUCCCGUACCAUUUUGGACAUGUUGAUCCCUUAUGGUUCUGAUCUUUGGGUUAGAACGAAAAUCUACAUCCUUUACAGUGGAAAUAUGUUAACAAUUUUCGACUACGUUCACGGAUCUUCUCAGUUUGUUCCAAUAAGCAAUCCUACAAUGGAAAAUCUGGGAGUUUUCGACCAGUUUGUCAGAUUUUGCUCAGAUCCAUAUCAUGCCAGUCAGUACAGCAGUUCUCUGGCAUUCUACUCAUUGGACGGAACGGUUUCUCUGUGUAAAUUCUGGGAUUGUGUGAAGGACACGAAAAUCAUGAUUCAUAAAAGAGUAUCGCUGACGGGGGACGGUAGUAGAAUUUCUGGUCCGGGUGGCACAACAACUGGAAACAGUCCGUCGUCUCAGAUGUCUAAAAGCACAAGUUUGGGUUCACUCUCUUCUAAUUUGAAUCAAAUUGAUAGCGGUAUGAAGCGACAAAUCCCGUCCUCAAGUUCUAUCAGAAAAUUGGUGUCCGACAUCAUCGUUGGUCCAGAUUACUCAUCAUCAACCACUUCUGGGGGACCGCAAUCUAAAUUUCCAGGGUCCAUAACUUUUCAUCCUGGAGUCAAGGACACGGUGAUUGUGUCCACCGAUGUGGCCAUCUAUUUUCUGAAUAUUCAUUUCAUGACCGUCUUGCAUACGUUUUCAAUAGACAAACAAGUUGCUCCCAUUGUACAAGUAAUUCCAACAAAAUCCAGACCUUGUCUUUUCACCCUUCACGAGAACGGUACAAUCUAUGUAAGAAAAUAUGUGAUUUCGGGCGAACAUUCCAUGGCCGUGCAACUAGAAACUGUUUGCUAUGAGCCACGAUUUUCUGGAAAGAAAAUUGAAGUUGUUGGAUUUGUGGUGAAUCCAUUUGAAGAAAAUUCCGUAAUUGUGUACCUGAAUGAUGGGAGGCUUCUAAAAUAUGCUCUCAUUGCCAUGAAAUCAACUCCAGUGCCCGGUGAUGUGAAACCUCAUCUGACGACCCCUUCAACCCCGUUCGUACACAAUAUUGGGGUUGCUGCUGAAGAACAAAGAGAUGACCAACAGAACAAGAAACUCCUUCCAGGAUCUCCGAACAAGCAUUGUCGUCCACUUGCCAGUGUCGUGAAGUCAAUUCUAGACGUGGAAACUGACACCAGCUUAUCCAUUCAGCUUCAACGAGUUACACAUGCAUUUGGACAGUUUACCUGCAUCAAAAGCCAAGGGGAUAUUCUCGUGGCUGGCACGGCAUCUGGAUUUGUGAUUGUUCUAAAAAUUGUUGACCAUCGUCUCAAAGCUCUCAAGAAAUUCACGACACAUUCCAGCAGUCCGGUGAGCGGCAUCGAGUUUGUUUCGGACACAGAAAUCUUGACGUAUUCCAACAUCAGCUUCUCGGCAAGUCCAAAAUGCGAAUUGAUACUUACGGAAAUAUCAUCUGGAGCAAGUCGAGCUUUAAAAUUGGAUGAUAAACAUCACAUCAAUUGCAUUAGUGUGUCGCCACUUUUGCAAUACUUUGUACUCGUUUAUAAGAAUGGAGCUGGUCCGUGUGAGCUUUGGGAUUUACCGCGUCGACAACUGAUAAAAAGUCUUCCAAAUAAAUUACCAGUGAUCACUUGCAUUCAUUGGCGUCAACCCGAUAGUAUCAAUACUGAAACGACAAAAGAGGAAAUGUUUUUUAUGACGGACUUGGGCACAUUUUUGUUCACAUUUCGGGUUGAAGGGAAUCGUUUCUUAAAUGCAACGUGUGUAAAAUUGGAACAUACUGCACACGUUGCCGGUAUCCCAAACAGCUUAGUGUCAAGAGAGGACAUGGUCUAUCGAGCCGAUUCUAAUGCCGUCUUGGUCGUUUACAACACAACAAAGAAAACUGCGUCGCCAAGUAGUAGUGUUGGACGUGGGCCGCUUCUCGGAAUGGUUAAAGUCCCAAACCAAGAUAACUAUGUCCUUCAGUUUCCAGACAGCCUGGUUUUAUGGGACUUUUCUAGCAUAAAUCCCAAGAAAAUUAAAGUAUUACAUUCCGGAAUCUUGAAAACGACAUCCAUUGCAGUGCUAAAUAACUGGUUAGCGUAUAUACCCAAAGGCAGCAACGGGGUUCGACUUUUACCAUUGGAUCUCAAUGCGUCAACUAAUGCUUUUGCUGCUCCAUCCACCAUAUCACAGUUUCACUUUCCAUAUUUUAUGAAUGCUGCAGAAAAAGCGGCAAAAAUUUUAACAACUUGCAAUGACAAGAAUAGCACCAUUUCUGACCUCUUGCGAAUGGCCCAAGAUUUUGGGUCAAAGGAUGAAUACAAUUUUUGGAAUAUUGUAAAUGCCAAAUGGAAAAUGCAGGACAACAUUCGGGAUAUCGACAUAUUUUGUGACCGGCAGCGUUACAAAAAUGUUUUGGUAAAGACUGCGCAAUGCGUUUGGGCUACCGAUUUCCAUAAGCGCGAAGAAGUUGCAAAAAUAUUACUAUGGACAGGAGAAUCAGAACGAGCAGCAGAGAUUUUGCUUGACACGGAACCUUCGGAUGCAACCACUUAUGUUUUAAACGGACUGAAAGCUAGUGUGGCCGUUGGGUCAAGCAACCUCCCAGAACAAGCGAAAGCUGUACUAAAAAUCAUUGCUACCAAUCUGAUUGCUUCUGGCGACAUGGAUGGAGGCUUAGAACUCCUUUGUCUACUGCAAAAACAUCACGAGGCAUGUAAAUACGUCGAGUCGUCUAAUGAAUGGACCAAGGCAAUUCUCCUCUGCAAAACGGCGUUAAAUGACAAAAAUUCGGAAGAGUCGCUAUGUAAAUAUGCACAGUUUAUCAAUUCAAAAAAAUGUGCGUAUAAAGCUGCAACAGUUUACAUUUUCUGCGAUAAAUAUGACCGAGCUAUUGAGGUCUUGUUUGGAGCACGACUGCGACACCUCUCGUACCUUUUGCUGUCUUACUGUGUGAGACAAGGUGUGCCAAUAUCAAUCAGUGACCACAUUCAAACAGCCAUUAAGCUAGAUUUCGCUCGCUUCAUUUUCGAGUGUGGAUUACAAAAGGAGUCCAUUCAAUUUUGUGAAAGUUUGGGUGAUAAAGGAAAAGAUUUGCGGCAAGAGUUGGAAAUAUUGUCUUCGUAGAUGUUCAUGAAUUCUUAUUUCAUUAGUUCAUUUAUUUUUGUGUAGGAUUACUCGACUUAUAUGAUAGAUUUGAAAUAUUUUACAUAUUUAGCUCAAGAGACUUACAUAUACGCAUCCGGUAAUUAAAAAUAAAAAUUAUUUCACUUCCGAAA